UAGACUUUAGCAAUUGAUUAUAUUAUUCCAUUGGAUGCUGAACCGUGAAUGAAUUGUAUUCAAGUAAUUGCCAAGUGAGCAAAUUUCAGUGCUCAACCAUGGCUACCACCAACAUUUUACUUGUACACCUUCUCACAUUGGUUCUCUUGCUCGUUUUCUCAUCCUUGUGGACACCUCACGUUGCAGACUGGGUAUACGUGACAUCUGGCAAUCUGUCAUCAAUUGGUGACACUCUCAAACCUGGUGACACACUCAAUUCCACGAGUUACCUUGUAUCUCAAAAAGGGGCUUUCGCUUUGGGGUUCUUUAGGAGGAUUGACAUCAUUUCUAACGACAGCUAUGUUGGAAUAUCAGACAUGGCUGAUCCAAAGAGUCCUUUCAAUCUUUAUGUAUGGUUUGGCAAUCGUGGUCAACCUUUCAUCAAAGACAAAACGGGUUCGCUUACCUUGGACAACAAUGGAACAUUGAAGAUUGUACGCCAAGGUGAGAGUCCUAUAAUCUUAUACUCCUCUGGCACUAAUAACACUGUUGCUACUCUGUAUGAUAAUGGCAAUUUUGUGUUGAAAGAAGUCAACUUUGAUGGGUCUACCAAAAGGGUGUUAUGGCAAAGUUUUGAUUAUCUUAUGGACACCCUUUUGCCUGAAAUGAAGCUAGGGAUUAAUCACAAAACUGGCCAAACUUGGGCACUCACAUCAUGGUUAACUACAGAUAUUCCAGAUUAUGGAGCUUUCAGUCUUGAAUGGGACCCCAAGGGACUUGAAUUGGUCAUUAAGCAAAGAGGGGUGGUUCAUUGGAAAAGUGGGAUCUUGAGAAACAACCAAUUUGAGAACAUUUCACCAGAUAUAACAUCUAUGUAUGAUUUCAAAGUUGUUUCAAACGAGGAUGAAGAAUACUUCUCUUUCAGUAACAAAAAUCAGAGUGUGUUGAUGUCUGAAUGGAUUAUCACUUUUUUGGGGCAAUUUAAGGAUUUGAGAGGACCUGAUAUUGGCAGAGCUGAUAAUUGUUAUAGCUAUGAUACUAGUGGAGGAUGUCAAGGUUGGGAGCAGCCAGUGUGUAGGGAACGUGGUGACAAAUUUGAUGUUGCAGCUGGGUACUAUGUAACCGGAGAUAGUUUGUCGGGCAAUAAUUAUAGUCUCGGCAUAAGUGACUGUAAAGCUAUUUGCUGGAGCAACUGUAGCUGUGUGGCUUUCACUUAUCAGUUUGCUAAUGAAACUGGAUGCCGAUUUUGGACAGGAGAGACGGCGGUCCAAUCCGACCACGCUAGUGAUUUCGUAUCUAUUUACCUUCUAUCAUCAAGUCCUCACAAAGGAGCAAAGAAGUGGAUAUGGAUUGGCACUGUUAUCGUCGCUGCUUUGCUUGUAAUAUUUUUCAGCAUAUUGUGUUAUAUACAGAGAAGGAGAAAAGUUGUGCCCAGAGGGAAUAAUGUAACAAAAGAUGAAAAUGAUUUACUUGAUUUAGUGAGUUUGGAUCAAUCUCCUAUUGUCAAUCAGAUUCCAAAUGAUGGGAAGAAGGGGCAUGAUUUAAGUGUAUUUAAUUAUGCAUAUGUCAUGACAGCCACAAACAACUUCGCACCGCAAAACAAACUUGGAGAAGGGGGCUUUGGAGAAGUUUAUAUGGGAGAAUUGUUGACGGGGCAAAAAAUAGCCAUAAAGAGACUAUCGAGAAAUUCAGGACAAGGAAUACUUGAGUUUAAGAAUGAGUUAAUACUCAUAUCUAAACUUCAACACAUGAAUCUUGUUAAGCUUUUGGGUUUUUGCCUACAUGGAGAAGAGAGGAUGUUAAUCUACGAAUACAUGCCGAACAAAAGCUUGGACUCAUUUUUAUUUGAUGCAAAUAAGAGCAAGCUACUAGAUUGGCAAAAACGUUUUGGUAUAAUUGAAGGAGUUGCUCAAGGAUUGCUUUACCUCCAUAAAUACUCAAGAUUGAGAGUAAUUCAUAGAGACUUGAAAGCGAGUAAUAUACUCCUUGAUGAAAAUAUGAACCCCAAAAUCUCUGAUUUUGGUAUGGCAAGAAUCUUUCAACAAAAUGAAUUGGAAGCGAAUACUAAAAGGGUUGUCGGGACAUAUGGAUACAUGUCUCCUGAGUAUGCCAUGGAGGGAGUUUUCUCUAUAAAAUCUGAUGUUUACAGUUUUGGAGUUCUUAUGCUUGAGAUCUUGAGUGGAAGGAAGAACAACAGUUUUUUCAAGACAGAGCACUUGUUCAAUCUAGUGGGAUAUGCAUGGGAGUUAUGGAAUGAAGGUACUGCCCUGGACCUAAUGGACCCAGCACUUGAUGAUUCAUAUAUGGAUCAGAUGCUUCGUUGCGUUCAUGUUGGUCUCCUAUGCGUUGAAGAUAGUGCAAUUGAUCGGCCAGCAAUGUCAGAUGUCUUAGCUAUGUUGACAAAUGACAAUUUGUCAUUGCCGUCACCUAAGAAACCUGCAUUUUCUCUUGCAAGACAAGCAAUUGAGGCACAUAUAUAUGACAAAGAAUCAGAAUGUAAUUCGAUAAAUUGGGCGUCAAUUUCUAAUAUGGUUCCAAGAUAGAGGCAUGUUUUUAGUAUCACUUCAUACGCUUGAGUAUGUUAAUGUUGGUUUAACGUGGUUAACCAACAAAUACUUCCCAAGAA